AUGUUAGAUAAAAGAGAGACUCGUCAUAAAUCUUGUUUUCUACGUCCAGAUACCGGUCCAUGUAGAGCAGAUCUUAUUCAAUGGUAUUAUGAUGUGAGACAAGCAAAGUGUUAUCGUUUUUAUUGGGGUGGAUGUCAGGGCAAUGGAAACAAGUUCGCCUCAAUGCAAGCAUGUAUAGAAUAUUGCCAACUAAAUACAUCUUAUAUUCAUACAAGAAUCCCAGAUUUUUGUUCUGUAUCAUUUGAUUAUGGUACCUGCUUUGGAUAUUUUCAUCGUUGGGCUUGGGAUAAAUUGACAAAGACCUGUCGUCGAAAACUAUAUUCAGGCUGUGGAGGUAAUCAAAAUAAUUUUCAAAGUCAAGCUGAAUGCAGAGCAACAUGUUUAAGUCCCCCCAAUAAUACCAUGCAAAGAGCUCAUUAUUUUACUACUUGCAUACCACUUCAUGUGCCUGAUAUUCAUUGAAUUAUUAAUUAAACAAGUUUUUUUUUUUAAUAUUUAGGCAAUAAAACAAUUUUAAAUGUGCAAUGUAUUUUAAUAUAAUCAACUACCUGUGAGUAAGAAUUGUAAGUAAAAUUAGACAAUGAAUAUAUUAAUUGUGAAGAUUUUAAUCCAUUUCUGCGAAUGUUCGUAGCAUUAUGAAGUAUGAAAUAGAUGUCUUUAUUAUCUGAAAUACCAAAUUACAAUUAGUUUACUAAUAACAAUUAACUAUAUCUCAACUCCUGAAGUAAAUGAAAUAGCAAAAAUAAAAUGUCAAAACAAACUAAUUGCUUGAUUCUAAUUAAUUCCUAAGACUGAAAAUCUUUUGUAGAAAAAAUGAAUAAAUAAAUUAUAAAAACAUUUUAAA